AUGGCAGGUUUAUCAUUUGACAAUUACCAAAGAAACAGCUUCCUAGCAGGGAACUCGCACACACAGCCCAAGGCCACUUCCACAGGUACCACUAUUGUGGGGGUGAAGUAUAAAAACGGUGUUGUGAUCGCUGCAGACACAAGAUCCACUCAAGGCCCCAUCGUGGCAGACAAGAACUGUGCGAAAUUACACAGAAUCUCCCCCAAGAUAUGGUGUGCUGGUGCCGGUACUGCCGCCGAUACUGAGGCUGUGACACAGUUGAUCGGGUCCAACAUUGAACUGCAUUCUUUAUACACUUCGAGAGAGCCACGGGUGGUGUCCGCUUUGCAGAUGCUUAAGCAGCAUCUGUUCAAGUACCAGGGCCACAUUGGUGCCUAUUUGAUUGUCGCUGGUGUAGACCCCACGGGAGCUCACUUGUUUUCAAUUCACGCACACGGAUCCACUGAUGUGGGCUACUACUUGUCCCUGGGUUCUGGUUCUCUCGCGGCUAUGGCCGUGUUGGAAUCUCACUGGAAGCAAGACCUUUCAAAAGAUGAAGCCAUCAAAUUGGCCUCCGAUGCGAUCCAGGCUGGUAUCUGGAACGAUUUAGGGUCUGGUUCCAACGUAGACGUCUGUGUUAUGGAAAUAGGUAAAGAUGCGGAGUACCUGAGAAACUACUUGACUCCAAAUGUUAGAGAAUCGAAGCAAAGGAGCUAUAAAUUCCCUAGAGGCACCACUGCUGUGCUUAAGGAAAGUAUCAUUAACGUUUGUGAUGUACAAGAAGAACAAAUCGAUAUAACCGCAUAA